AUCCCUGGGGAGGUGGAGGCGGCAGGGACGCCUCCCUGCCCAACUGAGGCUGUGGUGGCCCCAGGAGUCCUCCCUCCCACUCUCUCCGUCCCCGCCCCCUCGCUCCCCUCCAGCCCGGGGCCAGACAGGCAGCAGCAGAGCGGACAGCGCCAAGCAGCCGCCGGGGUUCGUACUGGUCACUGCAGGCGCGGCACUACUCCUAGAGUCCCAGGAAUCUUCCUUCCAACAUUCCCAACAAAUGAUCUUUCAGACUGCUGGUCAGUAGGCAGAAGGCACAAUGGCCAUUUUGUGGCCCUUGAUCCUGGCCUUGGCCAUCAGCCUAGCCAUUGCCAGACCCCCCAACAUCAUUCUGAUCUUUGCGGAUGACCUGGGCUAUGGGGACCUGGGCAGCUAUGGCCACCCCAGCUCAUCCACACCCAACCUCGACCGAAUGGCAGCCGGUGGCCUCCGCUUCACUGACUUCUAUGUGCCUGUCCCACUAUGUACCCCGUCUAGGGCAGCACUGUUGACUGGACGGUACCCUGUACGUUCAGGGCUCUACCCAGGUGUCCUAUACCCUGGCUCCCGGGGUGGGCUCCCCCUGGAUGAGGUGACCAUGGCUGAGGUCCUGGCUGAGAAGGGCUACCUCACUGGGAUGGCCGGCAAGUGGCAUCUGGGUGUGGGGCCCAAUGGCUCCUUCUUGCCCCCACAUCAGGGAUUUCACCGCUUCCUAGGAAUUCCCUACUCCCACGAUCAGGGCCCUUGCCAGAACCUGACCUGCUUCCCACCAGCCACCCUCUGCUUUGGAGGCUGUGACCAGGGCGUCGUCCCCAUUCCACUUAUGGCUAACCUGUCAGUGAAGGAACAGCCCCCCUGGCUGCCUGGGUUGGAGAAACAGUAUGUGGCCUUUGCCCAGAACCUCAUGGUGGAUGCUGCCCGCCAAGGCCGGCCUUUUUUUCUGUACUAUGCCUCCCAUCAUACCCACUACCCCCAGUUCAGUGGGAAAACCUUUGUGGGGCGCUCUGGCCGGGGACCAUUUGGGGAUGCCUUAAUGGAGCUGGACUCAGCUGUGGGGGUACUACUGAAUACUGUGGAGAGCCUUGGACUAAUCGAAGAAACUCUGGUCCUUUUCACAGCGGAUAAUGGCCCUGAGACCAUGCGCAUGUUCCGGGGUGGCUCCUCUGGCCUUCUCCGGUGUGGAAAGGGGACAACCUAUGAGGGUGGUGUUCGAGAACCUGCUCUGGCCUUCUGGCCAGGCCACAUUAUGCCAGGGGUCUCCCAUGAGCUAGCCAGUGUCCUGGACCUGCUGCCCACUGUAGCCGCUCUGGCAAGAGCCCAGCUACCCAAUGUCACCCUCGAUGGGGUGGACCUGAGCCCCAUUCUCCUGGGCACAGGCAAGAGCCCACGGAAGACUCUCUACUUCUACCCCCCAUUCCCUGAUGAGACCCAAGGUGUCUUUGCUAUCCGGCAUGGGAAGUACAAGGCACAUUUCUUCACCCAGGGUUCUACACACAGUGAUAUGGUUGCUGACCCAGCCUGCCAAGCCCUCACCCCACUGACUCCCCAUGAGCCUCCACUGUUGUAUGACCUGGAGACAGACCCUGGUGAGAACUAUGAACUCCUGAGCCACGGUCCCAAGGAGGAGAUUAAAAAAACCAUUGAAACCCUGAAGGAGAUGAGGCUACUCAAGGCCCAGUUUGAUGCUGCCAUAACUUUUACAUCAAGUCAGAUUGCCAAAGGCCUGGACCCAACUCUGGAACUUUGCUGCCGAGCAGGCUGUUCCCCCUGGCCAGAAUGUUGUAACUGUCCUGGCUCUCAACAUAACACUCCCCACAAGUGAAUGCAUGGACGUCAGAGUGACUUUGUGGUCUUUCAGUCACCCCUAUGGCCCAUUGACCAUUAAUCCUUAAAACUGCUAUUCAAAGAUUACUCUGACUCAUGAGCAGGGCCGUACAUCCAGCAUGUAUCCUUUCUGCACAAUCUCAAGCUCAGGCCACUUCACUGGAUACAGAGCAUGUAUCAAGAUUGGGGGGGUCACUGGCCAGUGGCUCAGAUAUCCCAGCCAGACUCUUCUCUGUGCAGCAAGAUGAGGUAAUAAUUUUCAUGUCUCCCUGGAAUUCCUAAGGGUCGGUUAUUUCUUCUGAAAUCUCUAUGUAGAGAAUCCCAACAUCUACCCCUGCCUGAAUGGUGAUGCUUUGGCUUAUGGAAUACAGGUCAAACAAGUGGGUUCGUUGUCAUUCCUCUCAAUCCGGUCAAUCCUCACAAUCAUGAGAGGUUAGAUAAAAGCACAACCUUGAGGUCUUCAACAUUCCUUAUUAAAAUAAACUUUUGACUGAGAUAUUAAUACAAGCACUAAUUAUGAAUUUUCCAAUAAAAUUUAAGGGGGAAUACAAUUUGGAGCAAGAUUUAAAUAAAUAUCAACAUCAAAGCACAA